AUGCUACGCGUCGCGACUCGCCUACCGACUAGGCUCACCACUCAAUCUCGCCCUGUAUUUAAAGGUUGGCAACCUGCUCUCCUCCCUCACCUGACCUCGCCUCAAUCGCAUCUGCACCAACGUACCUUCGCCAAUUCACCCUGCCUAUACAAAAAGAAAGACAAGGGCAGCAGCAAGAAAGCACCCACCUCCGCCUCGGACUCACAAUCAAGCCCUGCCGCUACCGGCUCCGAAGGCCCAGACCCAUUCGAUCUCUCCCACCUUCAAACCGGCAUAUCAACCGCCGUUUCACGAUUGAAAGAUGACCUCUCGAAACUUCGCGCCGGGGGCCGAUUUAACACCGCCACACUAGAAGGAUUAAAAGUCCAGCUCAGCAAGGAUAGUGCCGACUCGUUCAAGCUGGGCGAUUUGGCUCAGGUCGUGCCUAAGGGUGGGCGGAUGGUUACUAUCUUAGCCGCUGAGGAGGAGCACAUCAAACCCAUAUCAUCAUCAAUCAUCUCUUCAAAUCUAUCCCUAACCCCGCAAGCAGACCCCCACAACCCGCUCCAACUCAACAUCCCCAUUCCACCCCCGACAAAAGAAUCCCGAGACCAAAGCGUGACUGUUGCCAAGGCUGCUUUUGAAAAGGCAGCUGCUAGCGUCCGUGAUGCGCGUGGCUCCAUGCACAAACGACUACAGGAUAUGCAGAAGAAGAAGACGGCGAGACCGGAUGAUGUGCGCAAUGCCACGGUCCAGAUGGAGAAGGUUACGGAAAAGGGUCAUAAGGAGGUUAAGGAUUUGUUUGAUGGGGCUAGGAAGAUGUUGGAAACAGCAUAA